AUGGGCAUUAUCAUCAACUCCAUCCAGCCUCAAAUUUUUCCUUCUCCGAGCAUGUACAACAAUAUCGAUUAUUUGUUUUGGAGGAAAAAUAGCAUAGUGGAACCAGAGAAUGAUAUAGACCCAUAUCCUUGGAUCAUCUGGUACAUAUGGAAAGCCCGUAAUGAUAAGUUAUUCAGGGGAAUAGACAGGGAUCCAGGUGAGCUAGUUAGGCAUGCAGAAAGUGAAUGCCAAGCUUGGCAUAUUGUUAGAGAGAAUAUGACUACGCUUCAAGUUAUUCAAGAGCCUCAAGUCCUAAGCUUGGGUGAUAUAUGCAUGAUAGAUGGUUCAUGGACCUCUACUGAUCCGUUUAGUGGACUUGGAUGGGUAUGGAAAGAUAGCAGGGGGAUGAUACAGCUAAUGGGGAUGAGGAACCUGAGGAGGAGGGAGUCAGCUCUACACUCGGAAUUGGAAGCUUUGAGAUGGGCAAUGAAAACAAUAUUGCAACAUUCGAAUUGUCAGAGAUUUGGAACAGACUGCAAAGACCUGAUAGCAAUGUUGACGGAACCGAAAGUAUGGCCAAGCUUUUCAACUGAAUUGGAGAUGAUUCAUACGAUCAAGUUGUGCUACUCGGACUUCAAGAUCUGCUACGUACCAAAAACUGAAAAUGUGAUAGCUGAUUCUUUAGCUAGGAAUGCUCCUUCUCAAUUCUGA